ACCCUACAGCAAUCCAGUACUCGGGGAGCCACAAGUCUCAAGGAACUCCAUUAUCCAGCCAAGCUUCUGCUCCACAUUGCCAAUCUUGCUCUGCUGUAUAAACCAGGACGGAAAGGCACACUGAUAAGUUAAUUCUGUGACAUUUUUCCCAGCACACCAUGUCUCAGGUAACCCUGGCAAGCAAUUCAGACACCCAAGUCCUGUAGUCCCACUAGGAACCAGCUCUUGCCCUGCCUGCAUACUUCCCUAAAAUUGUUGCAGUGAAAUUUAUGGGUAACCGAGGCUAAAUCAGGUUCCCAUUUGAGGGGUUAUGCUUAGCAAAUGGAAAUCCUUCCUCCAAGCACUAUUUAAGGAGAAAAAGUUCAUUACACAACAUUCUCAACAUACAAAAAAUCCCAUGUGGGCUGAAACCAGCAAUGUGGCUCCUAGAGGUUAACUGUGCAAGAAGCCAUCUCCAGUAAUGAUUGAUCUCUACUGCAAACAACAAGAACAUCUCACCCAAGGGGAGUCUGAUGCCACUUGUUGGUACACAGCAGACCUUGUAGUCACAGCCAGCAGAUGCAGCAAGGGCUACACGUUGCAGCUGCCAGCUGCAAGCCAUGGCACAGCAGGGCAGGCCUGGCGCUCCUGACAGAAGGCUCCGAGGGGCCCAGGGAGCUGCUGGCUGCUGCACUGCCCGCAUGGUGCACCUCGCUCUGCCAGCUGAGCUCUCCCAGCACACCCAGGCCCUGCUGAGCUCACACCACAUCACAGCCAACAGCUCGGGACCCCUCAGAAGGGGCCAGCGAUGCACACACUGCUGGGCACAUCAGCUCUCCCUGUGCGCGUAAAUAGAAAUGCCAGCAACUCUUCAUCACAAAGAGCUAUUUCUGCACAGAACUCGUAACAACAACCCUUGUGCCAAGUACACCUACAUUUUUCACUUACAAUGCAGACCUAUUAUAGUGGGAUAAAACCUUUUAAUCUGUUAACGAAAGCCACAGAAAUCUUUAAAAGCAGACGGUGGAUUUGUUUGCACGUGUUUGGGCACAGAGCGCGUGAGUGGGGCUCAGGGCGCAGAUCACUCCCCAGGGAUGCACUCAGUGCUCACCUCACGGCCCCGCACAGGAAGAGAGGGAAAAUCCCUCAGGACUGAUUUGCAUCAUCUGCUCACCACCGUGCCUCGGAACGGCUCCAACUGCUUCUCUGAGUCGAAAAGCUGAGAGAAAACUGACUCUUUGAGAGGGUUGUCUGCCUAUCAUCACGCAAAUGACAGAAAAUCACAAAAAAGCCAGUGCUUCCCCUGUAUUGUGCCCAGCUGCAAGUUCUGCAGUCAGCACACACUGAUUUAUACAUCUGCAGGCACACCAAGCUCGCUGAAGACAUCAGAAGAGAGAUGAACCCAAACCCUCAGCAGCACAGAUCCAGGCCCGGCCCAGCCUCACAAGCAUGGAAUACCAACACAGGUCCCGCUGGACCCUGCCCUGAGGAGCGCACUGUGCACGAGCCCAUGGCAGCCCGCAGAGAGGCAGAAAGCACAGGCAGCUCCCCAGGGGCCAGCCCCAGAUGGGCCAAAGGCAUCCCUCAGUGCAGCGUCCCCAAGCCCAGAGCCAGGAAUGGGCCGAGGGCUGUCACAGGGCACAGUGUGCGCAGACCCUCACCACUGCCCUCACACUGCACCUCUGCCACAGAGCCCCACAGCUCCAGAGCACACCAGCCCGCUCCCACCCACGGCAGCUCACAGCCCUUCCCUCCCUCCGGCCUCUCUCCAUCCCAGUCUGCACAACGAAGCUGGCCUGUAUGGGAGAUGCACAGAAAACAGACCAAACUCUGCAUUUCAAGUUAAAAAGUGGUACCGUGCAGCUUAGCCUUGCACGAUGAGCACAACAGCAUAACAUCAGCCCACAUCUGCUCAAAGCUGACCAAAGGAGCACUCCAGAUUAAGAAGCUUUGCAAACAUCUCAACAAAUAUGGUCUGAACUUUCAGCCUAUGACUAAAUCUAAAACCAGACAUUCUUAACUUGGUUUUUCACAUGGCUCUGCUGCACAGUAUGUAAAUUCCUGAGGAUUCUCAAGUACCAGGGCACUAACAAGACAGGUUUCAGUGCCAAUAUUUUAGUAGUGCCUGGCAAACCUCUAAAGGUUUUAACUCCUAAUAGAAGUACCUCCCCCUCCAGGUCACACGGUGCUCCCCCAGCUGCCCCCUCUGGGCUCCCCAUCCCCGUGCAUCCCCUGCCUGCACUGUAGGAAGGGAACAACCACAGCACCAGAGGGCAGCUCCACGGGGGCUCACAUCCUGCUGUCACUUCUCCAGGUAACUUUCAUGUGCCUCGGUUGCUUGAACGCUGGUUUUAAUUGCGUCAGCCAGAGCAUUUAAAAACCACAGACAAGUUAAAAAAAAAAACAGCAGAGACAGCAAGGGGAAAACAUUAACCUGCUCUUGCACCAUGAGAAAACAUGCUGAGAGACACCGAAUGCUAACAGACUGCUGCUCCGGAUCCUCCCAGGGCCCUAAGACAGGUGAAAGAGACAGCAAAAAUGUAGAACUGAGAACUGCCCGGCCAUCCAGCCAACGCAUUGCACGUUGGCUUGACAGGGCACUAACCUCAAACUUCUAAUAUACUUUCCUAAAGCGAGAUUGCUACAACAUUACCCUUCAUUUUUAAACGCAGCUUCACCUGCCCUGAAGCUGCAAAGUUUCACAACACCGUCUUUAACCAGACGCUUAACCUGAAGCAGUUUCAUAGCUUUUGUGGGUUUGCUUUUUUUUCCUGAGCCUUGCAUGCAACCUGAAAGACUGCUCUUGUGGAAACACUGCUGAGAAGAAGUCUAUAUGCUUCCAAGAACAAAUCCUAUGCAUUCCCAAACAUUUCUGACAGGAGAAAAAAGUUCUCUCAAACAUUUGUGAAGCAGGAUGAGAAAAACGCAUAUUUUGUCCUGGCUGCAUCUUCUCAUGAAAUCACACACACAAAACUCUCAGAGAACAAUGAACAUUGCUCAGAAAAGCUGAUGUCUUCUCGGCUGUUUCUCGUAGGUUCUCGAUCUCUCCAGCCAGCAAAGCACACAAGAAGCUCACAAUGCCAAACAACGCUUCACAAUGCUACAUCAAAACAGAACUGGAACCUUUCACCUAUUUUUACUACUUGAUCUUUCUUACGGGUUUCCUGGGGAGCUGUUUUGCGCUGUGGGCAUUCACACGAAAAGGUCAGAAGCAGAAGUGUAUGAGCAUCUACUUAACCAACCUCCUCACUGCAGACUUCUUGCUGACUUUGGCGUUGCCAGUAAAGAUAACAGUUGACCUAGGAGUUGCGCCCUGGAAACUGCAGAUAUUCCACUGCCAAGUGACAGCCUGUCUCAUCUACCUGAACAUGUAUUUAUCAAUUAUAUUCCUGGGAUUUGUAAGCAUGGAUCGUUACCUUCAGCUCAUGCACAGCUCUAAGAUCUAUCGCAUUCAAGAGCCUGGAUUUGCCAAGGUUUUGUCUGCAGUCGUAUGGACAAUGGUUCUCCUUAUAACAGUGCCUAACAUGGCUAUUCCAAUAAAAACCAUUGAAGAAAGACCUAACGCAAGGUGCAUCGAUCUCAAAACAAAAUUUGGGAGAGACUGGCACGUGUUUACUAACUUUGUGUGCACAGCAAUAUUCCUGAAUUUUUCAGCCCUGAUACUCAUUUCCAAUUUCCUCGUUGUCAGACAGCUCUACCAAAACAAAUACAGCGAGAGCUACCCCAAUGUGAAGAAAGCCCUGGUGAGCAUACUGCUGCUAACAGCAGCCUACCUGCUGUGCUUCCUUCCCUACCACGUCGUUCGCAUCCCUUACACCCUGAGCCAGAGUGACACCAUAACCAGCUGCUCUCUGAAGCAAACUCUCUUUCAAGCGAAAGAAUCUACCUUGCUCUUUGCAGUAUCAAACCUCUGUUUUGACCCAAUUCUGUAUUAUCGUCUUUCCAGUGUAUUCAGACUGAAAGUUAAUGAGGCUUUUGUAGCACCCAAACAGGCAAAGGCUUCCACAGAUGAAGAGGCACAGCACCAAAGCGAGCAGCGGGUGCAAAUGUACUGAUUCUAAAGUACCCAGAAGGGAUGUGCAAACACAUAACCUGAACAGCCGUUGUGCAACUGGAAACAGCUGCUACCACCACCAUUACCACUGGAUGGAUGAGAAGACUCACAUCACCACACCAAACCAGCAAAGCACUCGGUGUCGCUUUCUGGAAAUACUGCAGCUAUCAGUGCCAACCUAUGAACAGUCAGCAAUAAUGUGUAGUAAAGUUCGUUGAGACACACCCAAAUAUACAUUCCUAGUAUUUAUGGUAAAUACUUUGGGCUCUCCCUAAGUAAAAUAUUGUAUUCUUAACAGAUUGAAGAGCUUGGUGGAAUGAAGUAAAGACUUGUUUCCAAAUAGCAGCUCACGGCCUGCAAAGCUUCUCACAGACACAAUUAACCCAAAGGCAUUUUAAAGGGCAUUACUUAAUCUAGAACGCAGUGUUAAGCUGCACUGAUUAACAAACUAUUGCAUCUGCUCACAUCUCACCCGUAAUUCCCAUAAAUAAACCUUCUGUUCUUGUCAAGUUCCACUGCCCUCCUGUGAUGCUACUGCACUGAACUUAAAAACCAGCAACAUGUGAGUACAGAAGAUUCAAGGCAACUGUAAAAUGAGAAUAAAGAGUAAGCAGAAAUA